AUGUCAAGUGAAGACUCUAAUCGUACUAGUGAAGCCACUGAAGGUUGUGCUACAGCCACAACAUGUCAGGAAGAUGACUCCCAGAAGAAAGGCCUGCAGGCCAUCAAGGACGCGCAGAAGCGUCGACGCCGGUGCAUGCGAAGAUACGAGCGCAUCAGGGCAUAUGCCCAGAUAGCUGUCGACCAAGUCGUAUUUGAAGAGGAGAAAGUGAAGCGUCAGUCCCAAUCCGCCAUUCUGGCUGCUCAGCAACAGCAGCAGAAAGCCUCAGUGACUUCAGUGGAUGCCACCACCAAUAGUGCCAGUGCCACUGAGGACAUACCAGUAGUUGACGAGGACCGGGCGCAUCAACAAACAGCAGUGCAGCUGGAAGAAGAUUCUAGAGACCAGAACGAGUCUCCGGCUAUGAGCAGUGUAGAUGGCAUCCGACGAGCAUCGUCAAGUGUCAGUAUACACAGUGCACCAACAACGCUGUCCACCAUUGAGGUGGCGGCACAGGCAGCAGUAGCAGCCAUGCAAGCUGCACGCUCCAGUCCAGUUGUGAAACUUCCUCAGCUGAAACUGUCUCAGUUCAAUGGAGACAUCAUGGACUGGCCAGAAUUCUGGCAGACAUUUGAGUCCUCUGUUGGUCUUCGUCAAUCGUUGCCGGACGUAUCAAAAUUCACGUACCUCAAAAGCGUCCUGACGGGUGUCGCCGCAGCAGCCAUCGAAGGCAUUCCAAUAACAGCAGCUAACUAUCCUAUCGCAGUUACGAUGCUGAAGGACAAAUUUGGACAGCCUGAGCUGAUAGUGGCAACACUGUAUCGUAAACUGGCACAGCUGCCACAAUGUAACAACAGGUUUACUGAAGUGAAGGCUACCAUUGACCAAAUGGAGAAACUCCUUCGUCAAUUGGAAGCUCAGGGAGAGAACCUGGAUACUCAGCGCGUCCUCAUUCAGCAACUCUUCUCGAAGUUCCCGUUCCAGCUCAUCAGCAAACUGGAGGAGCAGAGAUCCGACCAUACUGUGCCAUGGACGGUCAAAACAGUACGGGAGAUGCUAGCGAAGUAUGUAGCAAUGCAGAACACAGUUCGUCAGUUCACCGACAACAUCAGCCAGACACCUCAGCCUAAGAUACAUGGACACCAGCAACAACACCAUCGUCCACCAACAAUGGGAUUUGUAUCCAGCCAGGCAAGCCCCAGAAGAGAACCGUCCUGCGUCUUCUGUCGGUCAAGCCAUUUCAGUGAUGAGUGUACCAACUACUCAACACUGGAUUCCAGGAAGGAUCAACUGUUGUCCCUACGUAGGUGCUUUGUGUGCCUCAAAGAAGGCCAUAUCGCAAGGAAUUGUGCACACCGUAGUAGAAAUUGCUACCACUGUAGCGGAACAGGCCACAGUCGUGCUAUUUGUCCCAAGAAGGGUCAACAAUAUAAUCCCGCAGUCGAAGUUCCGAAACACCAGCAAACAAAUUCACUGGCCAAUGGCAGUCCACAGACAGCAGCAAUCGCAGCUUUGUCACCGGCAGAGAUGCCAAGCCAAGAGCCGACGGCAAUUCCAGAUGAAACCACGGAACUAGCCACCACGAGCGUCUCAACACUGAAAGCAGUUAUUCAGUCAGCCAUGCUGCAAACCGCUAAGUGUAACGUGACUGACCAUUGUGGGAAGAAGGUCACGGUCAACGCACUACUGGACAGUGGCAGCCAACGAUCGUUCAUCACUGCAGCUCUAGCUAAACGACUCCAGCUACCAGUCGAGAAUGAAGAGAGGCUCUACCUGAACACCAUGGCAGCAACUAAGUCCAAGAGCUUCAAUUCGCAAUCGUUCCAACUCGCUGUCAACCUCCGAGACGGUAACAUGGCACAGAUAAUGGUGAAUACUCUGCCUACCAUAACCAACCCAAUUGUGAAACAAGCCGUGCAACAGACCGACUUGGCGUUUCUUGAACAGCUGUCUCCAACAGCGCUAGCAGAUUCUGUGCCUCACGCAAUGGAAACUGUCAACAUCGACUUUCUAAUUGGUGCUGACUACUUUUGGCAACUGGUGGGCAAUAAUGUUAUCACACUGCCAUCAGGACUCAAGCUAGUCUCCUCCGAAUUUGGAUACCUGCUCACCGGCUGCAGUUCACUACCGGAUGAAUGCAGCAAUGAUGACACGACCUCCCUGGUGGUUACCAGCAGCGGUUCGAUUUUCUCAGGAGCUGCAAGCGUCUCCAACCGUAACACAGAGGACAGUGUACUGUCUCAAUUCUGGCAACUGGAGAAUAUCGGAAUCAAGGAUUCACCCUACGCGAAUGAUGACGAAAUCGCACUGGCGCAAUUUCGCAAGACAACGGAAUAUUCCGAUGGCAGGUAUUCCAUCCAAUGGCCAUGGAAGCCUGAUGACACCAAAGAUCAACUUCCUAGCAACUACGGCUUAGCCCUUGGCCGAAUGAAAUCACUGGCCAAACGACUCGCUACAGACGGACAGCUGCUCGAGAGUUAUGACAAGGUGAUCCGACAGCAGCUAGCUAAGGGAAUCAUUGAAGAAGUUCAACUUUCCGGAACCAGUGGUAAACAACACUAUUUGCCACACCACCCCGUUGUGACACCAGCGAAGUCAACAAAGGUCAGGAUAGUGUAUGAUGCAUCAGCCAAAGCGAGUGCAACAUCUCCAAGCCUGAACGACUGCGUCUACCGUGGCCAGUGCUACUCCCUGACCUCUGCGGCCUGCUAA